CAACUUCAUAUUCAGUUCAAUAACUGCUCAGCCACACAUAUUGUGUAUCGAAAUCGUUGAAGAAAAUAAAAAAGCGCUGUUGUGAUGAUGGAAAAUAACACUCCACUACUCUACUGAUGAUCGCCUAUCCGUACAAAAUAAACAAUUUUAGUUGUUUUUGUUGCCAGCAUUUCAUUAAAACCAGUUCCAUUUUAUUGUUAUUUGCAUUCGUAUCGCUAAAUUAUUUGAUAAUUUUGCUUUUCGAUUUCGUUUUUAUUUCUGUUGACCGGUUCGAUGUGUGUCCAGUACACUUCAGCUUAUAAACACCAUAUCAAUGGACAGUCGCAUGUUAGUUUAUUCCAUGAGACCGAUUGAAACGGUUGAGGUAGUAGAGAGAGUGUGUGUGUUUUUUGAACUUACUGUGUCGAACUGAAAUCUGGGCUGAAUUUUAACCCGAACAAGUUUGUCGUAAAGGAUUAUUUCGCAGAAUAUAUUUUUUUAGAAUUGAACAAGAAAUAGAAAAAAAAACUGUUGUGAAAAGAAAACCGAAAUCAUGUAUCAUAACAAUGAAAAAAUUGACGAGCCGACGCUCAAGGAAGGUGGAUCUUACAUUAUGGAGAAUACGCAAUCAAGCGAUGCAAAGAAUACGUGUAUCAUUUUCUCAUUGAAAAAUGAUUGUGGUUCUGGUGCACUGGCCAAAUCAUUGAAGAUAUUCAAUGACAAAAAUGUGAAUUUGCUUCACAUCGAAUCACGUUCAUCGCCCCGUAAGCCGGGCUACGAAUUUUUGGUGGAGUGUGACAGCACGACAGGCAAUUUGGGCGAAGCAAUUGAAGAAAUUAAAUUGAUCAGCAUUUACUUCAGUGUCAUUUCGCGGGAUUAUAAGGAUAAUACAACGGCCGUACCAUGGUUCCCAAGUCGUAUUCGUGAAUUGGACCGAUUUGCCAAUCAAAUUCUAUCGUACGGAGCUGAACUUGACUCUGAUCAUCCCGGUUUCACCGAUCUAAAAUACCGCGAACGAAGAAAAUACUUUGCUGAUAUUGCAUUUAAUUAUAAACACGGUGAGAAGCUACCGUAUGUAGAAUAUACGGAAGAAGAAACCAAAACUUGGGGAAUUGUAUUUAGAAAUUUGACGAAAUUGUACAAGACACACGCGUGCCGAGAACAUAAUCAUGUUUUCCCGUUACUUAUCGACAAUUGCGCCUAUCGCGAAGACAACAUUCCACAAUUGGAAGACGUUUCGAACUUCCUAAAAGAUUGUACCGGUUUUACACUGCGUCCAGUAGCCGGUUUGUUGUCAUCUCGCGAUUUCUUAGCCGGUCUUGCAUUCCGUGUAUUCCAUUCAACUCAAUACAUUCGUCAUCCGAGUAGACCAUUAUACACACCAGAGCCAGAUGUUUGCCACGAACUAUUGGGCCAUGCCCCACUCUUUGCCGAUCCAGCAUUUGCACAAUUUUCACAGGAAAUUGGAUUGGCUUCAUUGGGAGCACCUGACGAUUACAUUGAACGCUUGGCCACGUGCUUCUGGUUCACUGUUGAGUAUGGAUUGUGUCGUCAAGAUGGAGAGAUUAAGGCAUAUGGUGCCGGAUUGCUGUCAUCUUUCGGUGAAUUAGAAUAUUGUUUGUCAGACAAGCCCGAACUAAGAGAGUUCGAACCAAGCAAAACUGGCGAACAGAAGUAUCCAAUCACCGAGUAUCAACCCGUUUACUUCGUUUCAGAUAGUUUCGAGUGUGCCAAAGAAAAAAUGAUUAAAUACGCAAAUACCAUCCCAAGACCGUUUGGUGUCCGCUACAAUCCAUACACGCAAAGUAUCGAAGUGCUCGAUUCGAAGCCACAAAUCGAGAAUUUGAUGCACAACCUAAGCAUGGAGUUCCAAGUGCUUCAUAAUGCAUUCAAAGUGCUUGCACCCAGAAAAUAAUUAAAUUUUGUCUCCACAAGGGGAGAGACACCAACGAUAGUUUCACUAAUUUAUUCUAUUGUUUCCUAAUGUAUGCUAUUUUUGCUAGUUUCCCUCAAUAAAAGUGCUAUUUUUUGCUAAUAUUUCCUAUGUGCAACGUGACAGUUUGACAGUUCACGUACAAGUAACAAUCAUCAAGUUAUUGUUGUAUGCUUGGAAAGAAAGCAAAAAAAAUUAUAUUUUGGCAAUUUUUCUAAUGUUAUUUCAUAGAAAAGAACAAAUUGUUCCAUUUAAUUUCAUAAAAUAACUCGAAAACUUUGUUUUAAACGGUUAAAAACAGUAAAUAACAAAUCGCUAUUUCUUCAAUAAUAUUGCUAUUUUUUGCUAUUUUCCUCUAGUAUUUAUAUGAACUUCAAAAAAAUAGCUAAUGGUGUCUCUCCCCAUGUGUCUCCACAAAAUUCAAGAAGUCCUUAUCGAAUAAUAAAGUACGAAUACAUCGUUGAUGAUCAUAAUAUGUACGAAAGAAAGGUGGAAAAAUUAACUACAGAGUUUAAAUGUCCUCAAGCAAACACAAUACAUACCUUAAUUGAUUAACAUACCUUUUACCAAUUUUUAAAUAACAUUUUGAUAAAAACCAAGCUAAACGUAUACGAAUUAACAAAACAAAAUUGAUAUAAUUUUCGAAAAAAAAAAAAUAUUUAUUCAAUUUAUAAUUGGAUGCUCUUCAAACACGAUACGACAUAUAAAAAGAGAAUUUGAUUCCACGUGCACAAAACUACUUUUUGUACAUAUUAAACACUCGAUAUAUCAUAGACGCAAAACAAAUAGAAAAAUCGAUUUUGUUUUUAGAGGUAGUACAUUGGUUUUUAUGUAUACGAACAAUUUCUUUUUAUGAAUGACAAUGAAAUAAAUUAGGAAACGCUCAAAAUCCAUUUUCUAUUCCAGCAUUUGGAAAAAGAGUAAAA